GCUGUUUCACCAAGAAAGGCUGCAGAGAAGACCUUGGAGACCGGCGUUCACCAUCUUGAAGAAGACUUGCAAUUGACAUUUCUCAAAAACAUCUAUGGAGCUCUUUUGAUGUCGGCUGGAGGCCUGUUGUCCCUCACGUUGGUAACAGGCACUCCACAGUUGGCAGAAUCCAAUCCUGGACUCCCACGUAUCUUGCAAGGCCUUACCUUUCCCAUCGGUCUGGUCUUGAUCUACCUCGUAGGAGCUGAACUGUACACUGGCUACCCCAUGUGGUUCGUCAUGACCGCCCUAGAACGCAAAGGCACACCCCUCCAAUACCUUCGCACCGGCAUAGCAUCCUGGGUCGGCAACCUCCUCGGCUCCCUCCUCUUUGCCUCCCUCUUCACCCACCUAACCGAAAUCCUCAGCGAGGAUCCCUUCAAAUCCGGCACCAUCUCCAUGAUCCAAGAGGACAUCAUUUCCUCCCAAUGGCACAUCAUUUUCCUUCGUUCCAUUCUCUGCGGCUGGCUAGUCACUUUUGCAAUGAUGCUAGGCACCCAGAACCAAGAUGGCAUCAGUAAAGCCCUAGCAUUGCACCUACCAUUCUUUAUCUCGACGGCGGCAAAGUGUCCGCAUACUGUUGAGUAUAUGUAUCUUGGGUCUACAGCGAUGAUGUUGGGGUCGGAAAUGUCAGUGGGCAUGUUUGUGUGGAAAUGCCUUAUUCCGAUCACGCUGGGGAAUACAGUUGGAGGGGGUUUGUUUACGGGUGCUUAUUCUUGGUGGGUGCAUCUUUAUUGCAAUGAUGAGAAGGCUGCU